UUAGUUCUCGUAUGAAGAGUCGUGUCGCAUGUGCGGUGGCUUUUGCCACGCUACGUGACGCAUAAGGGUCUAUGUUUGUUUCCAGAAGAUUUACCUUUAAAGUGAUUGAUCCUAAAAAUCCUCAGCUUAUCCUGAAGGUGAUCGCACUGGGAUACCUGAAAGCCCCUUUUUGAACGUUUGAGGUGAGACAUUUUGCUAUGGCUUCACAAUAGAUUAACUGAUGUUUUCGUUUUAGCACUCAGUUGUUUGGUGAGCAUAAGAGAGUUUGAUCCUGACGUCGACAGCAACAGCAAAUAGAAAAAAAAAUGAACUCUAGUUUCACUCCUCUUCUUAUAAUCCGCCGUCGGUCAACUCUUUAGGAAAUAUUGCAAAAAAAAGUAUCUUGUUCACGGUAAGAUGUCUUCAUUUUCAAAUAUGAAAACGGCUGAAAGCAGACGACAAGAAGUUUAAUUUUUGUCACGCUUUUUCCGUCUGCCGUAAGCGUUAUGCAUAACCUUUUCAGUCCUUCUAAAGUUUGUUCAAAGAAACGAUAAUUCAUUCAUCAGUGUUGAAGACUAAAAUAAAAAAUGGAGCUUUCUGGAGUAUACGACGUUUUUCUUCGAAGUAAACGCGUAUUAUGAAACAGAACAUAUCAGACUUUCGACACUCGUAAUUAAUCGAAGAGUUCGUGUAUCAUCGAUGGUAAGAGAGACAAUUUCACAAAGUUAUGUGAAAGAAACCAAUGGUUUAAAGUUUUAACCACUGUUUUUUUUCUCUGCAGAAAUAAUUUUGCAUUAUUUAAAAAUGUUCUAGACAAUGUUUCAAAUGGUGUAAUUAAACAGCGAGUUAAAUGAUGACGAUUUCGACAAUAAUAGCAAACUAUCAAGUGAAGCAAAGAUUGCAUUUCCUAAUUUAUUUAUUCCAGGCCGUGGCCUAAGAAUGCGAAGACGAGGCAGAAAGAUUGAAUACUCAGUGUUAUUUCCUCUGCGGUGCCUUUUCCGCCUGUCAAAUAUGCAAAACUGUCAUAUGAACUAUAGAAAAUACGAAGUUCAUUCGGUAAAUAGAAAUAUAUAAAGCUUGAAUCGAAUUCAAUAUUCCUUGAAAGAGAAUUUAGCGAUUUUUCUGGCUGAAGUUGGUUACUCAUGACCAUUCCUCACUGAAAUAUAUUUUUUAAAGUAGAAGGGUAGAAAAAAGUAGAUCAUAUAUGAUUAAAACAACAAACUGUAUAUAAAUAAGCGAGUAAUAUUUCAUUCAUUCGCUCAAACUCAUUUGUUAGAAGUUUUCUUUUAAACAAUGCAGAAGUACUGUUUUGUUUAAAAAGUAAUGUAAUUGAGCAAACGACUCUUCUGGUUUCUUCUAUUAGUACAUGUUUUGUCCGAUAAAUUGAUGUUUUCUUAUUUUUCUGCAAUUUCAACAGUGAGAGCGAGUUUUUAAACCCAGCUGCCUAGCUGCGAUAUUGUGUUGUUCAUCAACGAUAUGUUCCAGGCUCCCGGUCUCACUCUCUCUCCGGAGACGAGCGAAAUGAAGGGGCAAAACAAUGCCCAGCGGUUGUCGGGAAACGGCAGCAGCAUUUUUCUCGCCAUUUUUUGCCCGCCUGCUUUUCCGCUUGUUUACGCUGACCGUGUGUCUGGCAUUAGCCGUGUUUCUCAAAAAGUGACGUUCGUUAACUGUGUCUGUUCUCUCAACCAGGUUUGGCUUCAUAACGUCGGUAAGCAUGCACAAUACUGUCGGCAUAGUCCUCUUGACAACCGUUGUUAUUCUCUCCAACCAGGAACAGGUGUUAGGUUUGUACUACAAGCGCUUUAUACAUUUUUACAAAGUACUACGUCCAUAGCUUAAAUAAUUCAGUACCUUUCUUUUUGUGCAUCUCAGUUUACUGAGAGAAAUCUUCGGCAAUAAAGCACCGGCUGAAAGCUACAUCAGACAGCUGGUAUACUGAAUUAUAUGCUCAUUGCUUUCUAUAUCAAACGAUAGGAGAACUCGCUUCUUAUGGUCGAGAAAUAGCUCACAGAACUGAUGUUACUUUUUUGCUUUUUAAAUCAUUCGGAGGCAAUCAUGAGGUGAGACGUUAGUCGCGCGCGAGGGGUAGAAAAACCGCGUAAUCUGUAGGAAAAAGAAUAAACAGAAAGACAAACAGGACAGAUAGUUCAACACAUCAGUCGUUUCAUUUUUCUGAUAGUUUCUAAGUCUUGGUCAUAGCUAUACAAAUAAAUAACUUACACAAAACUUUCAUCAUGAGUGCUAAGCAAGUCUUAUUAAUGGAUUUUCGGUCAACAUUUUCAUAGAACCCGAGUGUGGUGCCAGGUAUAUCUCAAAUGACGUUGAGGCUAAGCGGAUCGUUGGAGGCCAGAUCAGUUCACCCGGGGCAUGGCCCUGGCAGGUAGCUCUACUGCAGAACAACACACAGACGUGUGGAGGCUCGCUUGUUUCCCCAGAGUGGGUUGUCUCCGCUUCACAUUGUUUUGUGGGUAAGUUUUAAUGUAUUAUCAUAAAGUGGCGCAUGUUCAGCGGGCAGUUCCAUUUAAAAACGCACGCGCGAGCUCAUCCAACUUCCUAACACGAACAACCUCAUUGCUUAUAAAUUUGUUCAAGAAUACUCAAUUACGUGGAAAAAAAUUAGAAAUACAACGACCUAAUUGAAAACAAUUUCAAAUUAGGUAUUAGUUAAAGCUCUGCUGAUCCCAGUGCGCAUUGACCCGGAAAAUUGUGUUUUUCUUCCACUGAGUAGAGAUCAAGCACAAGAUACUCCCAAGCACUUUUCCAGAAAAACAAUUCUUCAUUUCACCCAGUGAGAGUGAAGGGUUUUUCUCGCAGAGAAAUAGGAUUUCGAUCAAAUUUGAGAGGAAUUUUUAAAUUUGCUUCCCUUUGUUUCUCAGAACGUAAUUUAUUUUCUUUGCGAGUUAUAGUUCGGUUCGUGCAUUCCUGUCGGGCAUAUAUAGUGCAAGUUCUAAAACAACAGAAAGUCAAAGUAUCCUUGAUAUAUUAGCAACCUAAUACUUUACACUUCCUGGUUACAGGUUCUGGAUUGUCCAAGAAUCCCAAUCACUGGACAGUAACCUUAGGUGAACAUCACCUAAAAAAUGAGGACUGGUUUGAGCAAGCUAGAGAGGUGAAAGCAAUUUACCUUCAUCCGCAGUAUAAAAACUCUGCCAACAAAGUUAGCGAUAAUAAAUUGAAGUCAAUCCCACCGGAUUACGACGUUGGUGAGUGAAUUUAUUCACGCGAAAAUUUUUAGUCAACUUUGAACUUUUCUUAAAAAAGAACUGAUUAUUCAUCAUCAUUGAACUGUCUUGUACUGAUUUGCCACUGCUUAGCAAAUAGGACACAGAAAAUGGCACAGAACGGUCGCUUGUGGGAGGUUGCUCAGUUGUUUUUCACGAGAUGUAGCCUGAGAGAAGGCCCUUGUUAGUAGCGCUCCAGGACGCCCCCCCCCCAGAAAAGGAAAGAUUAGAGAUGAGUCUAGGAGAGGCUUUGUGGAUGUCUGGCACUAAUAAUUAGUGCUAGAUUCCUUGCCGGCCUCUCUUGUUUUUCACAAGAUGAGGCCUGUUAGUAGGCCCUUAUUAGUAACGCUUCAGGACUUCCCCCUCCCCCUUCCCCUUCCCCCCCUCCUCCUCCUCCCCCCCAAGGGAAGAGUAGAGACGAGUCGGGGAGAGGCUUUCCGGAGAUCUGGCACUAAUAAUUAGUGCCAGACCCCUUGCCGACCUUUCGCUGACUCGUUUUGGUCGAGGCCUGAUACCUUCUGGGCGAAGAAACUCUCAGGCCGAAGCGCUGAUGUGAGGGCUUAACAGGAUGUGGAUGAGAUUUAGGGACAUUGUCAUAGAAUCACCUAUCUGAAUAGUAGAAAUUACCACCUAUUCAUCAACAACCGAUACUGUUCUGUGAAAACCAAACUGAGCAUUUUUGUAUAUUGUUUUGCAGCUGUCUUGCAUCUUAAAACUCCCGCCAUUUUAGACAACUUUGUGUUUCCCAUCUGCCUCCUUCCUCCAGGCUUCAAGUUCCCCGUAGGUAAGGAGUGUUAUGUAAGUGGCUGGGGCCACACUCAGUGGAGAGGACCUAAGCCAGACAUUCUGAGGGAGGCGAGGGUUAAACUUGUACAUCCGGACAAAUGCAACUCAGAGGAAUCCUACAACGGAGCCAUACACAACAGAGCACUGUGUGCUGGAUUCGAGAAAGGUGGAGUCGACGCAUGCCAGUACGACAGCGGUGGACCGCUGGCCUGUGAAGAAGAGGGGCUCUGGUAUCUGACUGGGGUGGUUUCCUGGGGACAUAAAUGUGGUGACCCCCACAAGUAUGGGGUGUACGCUGAUAUGGAAGUGAUGACAGACUGGGUCAGAGAAGUUAUCAGUCAAGCAGAAAGUACAAAUUGA